AUGACGACGGGCGAUGCUUACUUCUUCGGGAAAUCCCUUCUGCACGAAAUGAAGGAAAUCCGAAAAGAACUCGGCGUCUGCCCACAGCAGAACCUUCUAAUCGACGUGCUGACGUGCCGAGAACAUCUCCUGUUAUUCGGUCGUUUACGCAAGGUGGAUCCGGAGAAACUGCCUGGUCUGGUCGAGGAAUCGCUGAAGGAUAUCGGAAUGCUGGACAAAGCAGAUACGUACGUGAAGAAUCUUUCUGGAGGAAUGAAGCGCCGUCUCAAUGUGGCGAUGGCUAUGAUUGGGGAUCCGCGCGUUGUUUUGUUGGAUGAGCCGACUUCGGGAAUGGAUCCAACGUCUCGUCAUCAGGUGUGGGAGUACUUAGAAAAGAAAAAGAAGGGCCGUGUGAUCGUGCUCUGCACUCAUUUCAUGGACGAAGCCGACUUCUUGGGCGAUCGGAUCGUGAUUAUGUCGCAUGGCAAACUGCAGGUCGCUGGAUCGUCUCUCUUCUUGAAGAAUCGCUAUGGUCUGGGAUACCACUUCGAAAUCGCGAAGAACGCGGACGCCGACGAUCAGAAGAUUCUCUCGCACAUUCAAACCUUCAUCAAGGAGGCCAAGAUUGAAGAGACGAACCACAUGUCCUGCCAGAUUAUCGUUCCUCGCGAGAGUGUCGAGCAAUUCGCCGACGUGCUGGAAUCGCUGGAGAACAAGAAGGACGAACUCCACAUUUCCAGCAGCGGCGUGGCCGCCACUUCUCUCGAAGAAGUCUUUUUGAACUUGGCUGCGGAGGCUGAAAUGGGAGUCGAUACGAGCCAGGCGCUGGAUCAGCCGAAGCCUUCGCCGCUUGAAGCGAGCCCGAUUGCGCAAAGUAAGGAAUUCCCCGUUUCGGAGGGUACGUUCUCGGUGACUCGACAAGUGAAAACGCUGAUUUGGAAGAAGGCAUUGAUGAGUGUUCGCCAAAAGAAGGAGCUGCUGCAGCAAAUCGUGGCGCCCAUCUUCUGCAUGGCGUUCGGUAUACUUUUCCUGUUCUUGGGAGACUUGUUUAUGGGAGUGCAGACGACCAGCCAGCUGAUUUUCGACGAAAGCAUUCUCGAGACCUCCGCGACCAAUCACUCGCUCGGCAUUCUCUAUGUCUAUAACAACGCCACGGAGAAGGUCAUCAUGGAGAACUGGAUCGGCUCGCAGAUCCCGCUCUACCCUGAGAGUCGUCUGUUCGCAGAGGACGUCACGGAUUCGAUCGAGGACAUCUCGGAUGACUCGCAGAUCGCUCGCUACAUUCUCGACCACUCGUACAACUUGGCGUUGGUCCAGCCGACCACCACACCAUUAGGUCCGUGCAUGCGAAUCUGGUUCAACACGUCGUACAGCGGAGUUCUCCCGCUGAUGCACACGACACUGGACUCGGCACAACUCAACAUGGCGAGUGGUUCGACCGGAAUUUCUCUCAACGUGUCCUAUAACUCCCUCCCCACCACGGCGCGAAACACUUCUGUCUUGAAGAUUCUGUUCACGCUUUUCUUCUGCAUCUAUGUGUGCGAAGGAAUCAACUUCGUCCCGAUUUAUGCUGGCGUCGCUGUGGCGCGCGAGCGAAUCUCGCAGGCUCGACUGCAGCAGCGAUUGAUGGGAGUCUACGAUGUGCUGUACUGGCUUUCAGUCCUCAUUUUCGAUCUCCUUCUCUCCCUCCCCGUUAUCCUCAUUUUCUACUUCGUCUGCUAUUUCUUCGCUUCUGGAAUGAAGACCAGCGCGUUGCCGCUCACUUUGACAUUGCUCGGCUUCUCUUGGGCGUGUCUUCCAUUCUGCUAUCUCUUAUCGCUGCCCUACAAGUCCGCAGCCUCGGCAGAGAAGAACCUCACCAAUGUUGUGAUGCUCACCAUGCUCGCAGCCAUGUUGGUGACGUUCCUGCUGAACCAGUUCAAUCUAAACCCGACCAUUUUCAAUCUGAUUACCUACAUUGUCUAUUUAGUUCCUGGAUAUACGGUAAUGGAUGUUACCUAUCGCGUCGCUCUCUUCUUCGGACCGAACUCGCUGAUCGAGGGAUUGGUUCUGCCCUCUCCGUUCUCUUGGGAGUACUGUGGACGAGCGAUGACGUAUCUCUAUAUCGAGGGAUUCGUCUUCUUUAUUCUGCUGAUCUACGUCGAGCGAUGGACGUGGAUCAAGACCGACAAGGUCAAUUACGACGCGCAGCCAUACCGGCCCACCGAUGAGGACGUCGCCAAGGAAAUCGAGCGCGUCCGCGCCACCAAAAACGAUGCGGUUUGCGUCGAUGGCGUGUGGAAAGUCUAUCCGGGAGGCAAGAAAACGCCGCCCGUCGAAGCCUGCCGCGAUGUCACGUUCGGCAUUUGCGAGGGCGAUUGCUUCGGUCUGAUCGGACCGAACGGAGCCGGAAAGACGAGUAUCAUUUCCAUCCUGAUGGGCACGCUGGGCUUCAAUAAGGGAACGUGCUCGAUUAAGAACUGCCCGAUUCCGAAGGAGGUGAAGAAGGCGUACACCUAUUUGGGCUAUUGUCCGCAGUUCGACGUGCUGUUUGACUGUCUGACGACCUACGAAUGCCUUUGGUUCUACGGAGGAAUCAAGGGAAUCGACUGUCUGCAGCUUCCGUCCGUGAUCGAAAACAUCUUGAUCUGCCUGGGUCUCGAAGAGCAUCGUGACAAAUUCACGCGCGAUUUAUCGGGCGGAAACAAGCGUCGACUCUGUGUCGCCAUCGCAUUCAUGGGCAAUCCGCAAGUGAUCAUUAUGGAUGAACCGUCCACAGGCCUCGAUCCCGUCUCGCGACGCAAGCUCUGGAACAUCAUUAAGAGCUCGUCGACCUCGCGAUCGUUCUUGCUGACGACGCAUCUGAUGGAAGAAGCGGACGCUCUGUGCAACCGGAUUGCGAUUAUGGUGAAUGGACAGAUCGAGUGCAUAGGAAGCAGCCAGCACUUGAAGAGCAAGUAUGGAGAUGGGUACACGCUCGAUCUGAAGACGGAGGAUGAUAAGAAGAAGAUGGACGAGGUUCUGGAGUUCCUAAAUAGUCAGGUUGGGAAGAUUGAAAUUAGAGAAAGCCAUGGAUCACAUGCGAUUGUGAUCCUUCCAACGGGCAAGCCUCUGUCCUUCUUGUUCAGACUACUCGAGUCGAACAAGGAGAAGCUGGGUAUUAAGGAGUAUACGCUUAGUCAGAGCACAUUGGAUCAGGUGUUUAUCCAAUUUGCCAAGAAGCAGAGAGAAGAAACGGUUAUGCUAACUCAAGAAGAGGCUUUAAAGUCCAUGUAUUUUUGUUUGUUUUAUAUGUGA